GACACUCAGCGUCAGCCGCAGCAACCGACUGGUGCACCCUCGGGCGGAAGCGGAACAGAACCGGCGCAGCCGCCAGGACGACAAGCGGAAGGACCCGCGGCCUCUACCGUUCAAGAGCUACAAGAAGCGCUCCAGCGCGUUCAUUUGGAGGGCGACGG